AUGACGGAAGAUCCGUCUUCAGUCGCGUCUAGUCUUAGUGUCGCGGAAUUAAUUUCGUCGCGUCGGGAAAAUCUAUGGAAGAACGAGUUGAGAAAUCCUCUGCACGCCGUGGAUGCGAUUUGUGCUGCCCGUGAAAAAGCCUUCGAACGAUUUGCGGAAAACCCAGUUUCACUUCAUGCAUUGAAGCUUUCAGCUGAAAAUAAGUCAAAGAAACCUGAACCAACAAAAGACGCCGGUACGAGGAAUCCUGCUCAAAAAUCGCCGAAGAAAAAUCAUCCGCUGCCACAAAACCCUCUGCUAACUUUGAACGAACUCCAAGGGAAGCUCCUUGAACUCCUUCGCUCCUAUGAAGUGCAAACGUGUUCGUCAUUUUCUGAAACCGAUGGUGAUCUGUUGACGGCAGUCGGUGUGACGAUCCGCGCCUGUUCUUCAGAACUUGCUGAACUUCAGAAAUUGUGCUUCAAGCGACCGAUUCCUUUGCUUGUUUUACAGAGAAUAGUCCGUGUUCAUCGAACUGUGAACAAUAUUUUUCAGAGGCUGAUUCACUGGAAACUGCCGGAAUCUGGAGAUGCUGGAGUGUCGAAGAUUGCUCAAUCCUUGUUGGACACCAUUUGUGUAUUAUGUGGUGUAGUUGCUAAAGCCAGCGGGAUGGUGAAAUCUGCGGAGCACAUUGCGACGUUUCACUUCGACAUUCUGGACUGGAUUUUGAGCAAUGGGGGCGAGUUUUUGAAUCCGAAACCGACUCAGAAAGUUCGAAAACAAAUACAGUUCGAAGAAUCUUCUGUUGAAGAAGAACGUGAAAUUGUUGCAAAAAUCAAGGAAACUCUUCCAGAAAUUAAAAGCUUUAGCAUAAAAAACUGUGGAGAAACGUCGUAUCUCCGUUCAGAAACAACGUCCUUUAGAGACGAAUAUCCCGAUUAUUGGCGCACGAUUGAAGAGUCUGCAUCUGAUUGGAUAUCAGGCGUUGCCCAAGAAGCAAACCGCAUGCUCGCAGAAACUGAGGACAUGUUCAUACGUGAAGUGCUGAAACGAGAAUUUUUCGGUUCUUGAAUAAUACGGGUCUCAAUGAAUGUGUUAUCCAUGUAAUUCGUCGAAAUGUGGUCCAAUAAAAUUGUUCGUUUUUCUAUUGCAGA